GGCUGCGUGUUUCCGGAAGACGUGGCGGCUCUUGCCUGGGCUGUUUCCCGGUUUGAUUAUUCCCUACUUUGCUUCACACCCUGGGCUCUUCGAGGUGCUGUCGUCGCUGCCCUGACCACCGCAGUCAUGAUCUCCUUAACGGACACCCAGAAGAUUGGAAUGGGAUUAACAGGAUUUGGAGUAUUUUUCCUGUUCUUUGGAAUGAUUCUCUUUUUUGACAAAGCACUACUGGCUAUUGGAAAUGUUUUAUUUGUGGCUGGCUUGGCUUUUGUAAUUGGUUUAGAAAGAACAUUCAGAUUCUUUUUCCAAAAACAUAAAAUGAAAGCUACGGGAUUUUUCCUGGGCGGCGUAUUUGUAGUCCUUAUUGGUUGGCCUUUGAUAGGCAUGAUCUUUGAAAUUUAUGGAUUCUUUCUCUUGUUCAGGGGCUUCUUUCCUGUGGUCAUUGGCUUCAUUAGAAGAGUGCCAAUCCUUGGAUCCCUCUUGAAUUUACCUGGCAUUAGAUCAACUACAUAGGCCCAGAAGAGAUCCACAGUAAUGUUUGUAGAUAAAGUUGGAGAAAGCAACAAUAUGGUAUAACAACGAGUGAAUUGAAGACUCAUUUAAAAUAUUGUAUUAUUUAUAAAAUCCUUGGAAGAAUAUUCAGCACAAAAUUAAAUUACAUGAAAUAGCUUGUAAUGUUCUUUACAGAAGUUUAAUGUAUACCUACAAAGUACCAACAGCAGUUAACAAAGAAGCAAUGAAAACAGGCUUCCAGUCAAGAGAUCGAAGAGGUCAGCAAGCAAACUGAAGGAGUUGAAAUCUGUUACAAGGCAUAAUGAAAUUCUUGAAGGCGAUUUUUAUUUUUCCACAAUGUGCGAAACACAGCCAUUCUUAGAGAACUAUGGUGCCUGUUUCUUUUCUUUUUAUUUUGAAGGAGCAGGAGCACCCACAGGCAUUUGCUUUUUAGGAAUGUCCACUGCAAUGGCAAAAGUAUUUCCUGUUGCACUGUGUCCCCGAAAGUGAUGCAUGAGUUAGAUUGGAUUAUGUCAUUUAAUGUAUUAAAACCAAGGAAAACCCAGGUUUAAUGUAUGAAUUUUUUUUUAUAAACAUGUCUAAAAUAAAACUUUUGUGACUCCUCUGAACUUAAUAUUUUAAAGCCAGGUGAAAAUCUGAACUAGAUAGAUAUUCUCUGUUAGAAUAUGCAAAGGUCAUUCUUUACUAGCUUUUAGUUCCUAAAUUAUAGCUAAGUACUUCUUUGGUCAACACGCUCUGGAAAUACUCUUCUUGGGAGUCUGACCUAAGACUGUGUCUGUAUCACUCAUUACAUGCAGACGUUUAACAAAAAGCGUUCUUGACCCUGAAGUAGUCUGUUACAUAGCUUGUUUCAUUGCAGUCUUUUAUUUCAGAUGCUAAAUGAUGCAAACCAAAUGGAUUUUCCACAUCAUGAUGUAGUUGUUUUUUCUUUUUUCUUUUUUUUUUUAAUUUUAGCCGUGGUUUAUUAUUGUGUUUUCACAAACUAAAAUAACUAACUAUUGGUAAUGUUUACUUUAAGAGGUAACAUGUUAAAUGGUUAAUAAACUUAUAACUGUCUUUAAAGGCUAUCCAUGUAAGCUGAGUUUUCCCUUCCAGCUUUUUUGUAACAUAAAAAUCCAUAUGCAUGAUGUAUGCUUUAUAUGAUCACUCUUCAUCUUGAGUUCAUAGAGAAAAUAUCUGAGUUCACAUGCUGAGGUUAUUUCUCUGUCAUUAAACUGGUUAUAGUUUCUUAAAAACAUGACACUAAGGAAAAUGUUGUGUUGUCCUUUUAUGCCGUUGCUGCUCGAGAGGCAGUGAGAAAUGGUUGGUUGUUCAUUAGUUUUCCAGGGUGGCAGCUUUUGUGGUAGAUAUAGGAACACAAGUCAACAGCCAUAGUACUAUUCGUUUUACCACUAAUGAUUUCACUACUUACUUUUUUUAAGAGUUGCAAAGCUUUUCUAUGCAUAAAAUCAUAACUGAAAUUUGUGAUUUAUAUUUACAGACAUGUCUACAAAAUAUAUUGCAGCCUAUUAUUUUUAGUUAAAUCUCUUGAUGCACAGAGAACUCCCAAACUUGCUCAUUUAAAGAAGGAAAGUCGUGGUAUAUAGUCUAAUGGUUCAGUUUUGUGGAUUACUGUCUCUUUUGGUACUGGCCUUUAACUUAUGACAAAAUCUGUGAAAAAUAGAUGACAUUCACAAAAUGAGAUUCCUACCUCAAUAGUUCAUGGAAUAAUAAGAGACCUAGUGUUGUGUUUAAUGUUCUUCAAAAAGUAACAUCCUCACUUGGAGAGUGUCAAAUAUAUACAUAUUUUGGGGAUUGACUUAUACAAGUUUCCCUGUAGGACUCUGUUAUAUAUAUUUUUGACUGACCCAUAUUAUUUACAAUGGCUAGAUAAUUCUACCUUUUUAGAAUAAGAAUGGUAUCUGUCAUUGUAAGGAACAUCUGUAUUAUUUAACUCCUUUGUAGACAUUAAUUUCUAUCAAAAUGUUAUUUGCACUGUAACAGAGAUCUCUUUUUCAAUAAUCUUAUUUAAGUAAGCAUUAUCAGACAGAAGUGUGUAAAGGAUUUGCUAGUCUUCCUGAGUAAGAUUGAGAGGCUGGAGCAGUUUUCAGUUUUAAACGAGUCCCUGGUUAACCUCUAAUGUGAGUUUGGGACUACAUGGCAGCACUAUAUUUCUUAUUUGGAACCAUUGAUGAGACUAUUUUUAAACAUACUAAUCCUCCAAUUGAAAGGACUAUUGUUUCUUUCUAAAACAUAUUAUUUUUCUAAAACAUAUUGUUUCUUCCUUUUUAAAAUUAUUAGCCCUCUGUCUUUGUGACAAAAAAAAAAAAUGUACCAUGAUCAUUGCUAUAAAGGUGGAGGAAAAGGUCUAAUUCUACUUAGCCUUAAGUGUUUCUGGCAUUGUUCAAAUGUAUUUUCUGUAACAGAAACCUAUUUGGAAUGUUUUUCUUUUCCCCUUAAAAACUGUAAUUCCUGGAAUACUGCUGCUCUAAAAAGCUUCAUAGUCAGAUUAUGUGAUCUAACAAUUGAAUAUUGUAAAUACACUUGUCUUACCUCUCAAUAAAAGGGUACUUUUCUAUUAAUUGGUGGUUGUCUUAGUGAGCUCGGACUGCUAUAAUGAAAUUCCAUAAUCUGCGUGGCUUAAAUAACAAGACAUUUCUUAUAGUUCUGGAUGCUGGAAAGUCUGAAAUCAAGGUGCUGGCAGAUUUAGUUCCUGGUGAGGACCCUUUUUGUGGAUUGCUACCUUUCCCUGGGUCCUCCCAUGGUAGAGAGGGAAAGCAAGUAAACUCUGGUGUCUCUUCCUCUUCUUACAAGGACACUAAUCCCAUCAUGGAGGGCCCCAUCUUCAUAUCCUCUUCUAAGGACCAUCUUGGGUCUUAAGACAUAGACAUAAUUUUGGAAGGAUACACAUAAGUCCAUAACAAUGGUCAAAUGUAUCUUUAUUGUGAAAUUCUAAAAACUAGCAUUGUCAUACAGUAACCCGUCUUGUUUUUUGUAAAAUUUGCUUUAUAUGUAAUUUUCUGUUUUUGGUCAUCACAUCUUUUAUUUCCAAAUUGUAUAAAUGUAAUCGUAAGUAGAAAUGGACUUUAGGUAAACCAAAAAAGUAGGCAGUGAAUUCAGAAAUUAGAGGAGCAAUGCUUAAUUUUUUUUUUUUGUCUCAAGAUGGAAGUAAUAUGUAACACUUAAGUAUUUGUGACUUAAAUAAAACCACUUAACACAUCA